AUGUUAGGGCAAAAUGUAGGCUCGGUUCUUAAGGAGAAACAAAAUAUUUCAAAACUAAUUGAAAUUCCUGUUACAGCUACCAUCGAAGAAGCUUUUGAUGUUUUAUUGGCGGAAAAUAUUUUAAGUGUUCCGGUUUAUAGGUUUUGGAGAGGUCAUAGACAACCAAUUGCCAUUGUUAAUGUAUUCGAUCUGGUAGCUUUUGUUUGCUUGCAGACAAAUAAUAAUAAUGGGGAAGAAUGUGAUUCAUCAAAUUUUGAUAGUAAAUCAAUCUUUUUACAAAAGCCUAUUGGCGAAUUGAUUGGUUUAUCAUCUGAAAGUACACAUCUUACAAUAUGUCAUCCGGAAGAUUCAUUGAUUGAUUUGUUAGAGCUAUUUACUCUAAAACAAAUUCAUAGAGUUUUGGUGGCUGAACGUAGACCAAUCGAAGACCAAGAUGUUGGAGAAGUUAUCAAUGAAGAUGAGGUUAAACCUUGCUUUGCAUCUCAAACCGAUGUUGUAAGAUUUUUAUUUCAUCAUAAUCAUCAAUUAGGUAAAAUUUUAGAUACUUCUGCCUCUGAAGUUUCUAACAGGGCGAUUCGUUUGAUUAAUCGUGGAAGAAUAAACUUAUUGGAACAACCUUCCUCUAUUACAAUUCAUGAUCAAGCCUUAACUGCUUUUAGAAAAAUUCAUCAAGAUGGAGUUAGUGCUGUCGCCGUUGUUGGGGAUGAUGGAAGAUUAGUUGGAGAAGUUAGCGCUGCGGAUUUAAGAGGGUUGAAUCGAGAAAGAUUAUCAGAUUUAAAGAAACCUGUCAUUAUGUUUUUAAUGAGUUGCAAAGGAGCUUUAAUUAAACCUUUAACUUGUCAUGGUAAAUUUACUCUCAGCCAAGUAAUGGCGGGAAUUAUCCGCAGCAAAGCUCAUAGAGCUUGGGUGGUGGAUGAGGAUGACGUUCCUAUUGGUGUUAUCACUCUUAGUGAUAUCCUUUCAAUGUUUUUUCCUGAAAGAGAUGGACAAUAA